CGGACUCAUUUUAGGGGUGCACAGCUGUCAUGUCGGCGCCCAUCGGCAGCGCUUUAGUGGCCUGACUCCUGUGUUGUAUAAGUUAAAAUAUCAAUAUUGGAGAUAUAACAUUUGUAAAUAAUGGGUGUUAUUAGACAUGUGGUUUGUGCGAUGUCCGGGGGCGUGGACAGCUCUGUAGCCGCCUUAUUACUGAAGCGAAUGGGUUAUCAUGUCAGUGGUGUGUUCAUGAAGAACUGGGACUCUUUGGAUGAGAAAGGCGUCUGCACCUCAGACAAGGACUGCGAGGACGCCUAUCGGUCCUGUCAGGUCCUCGGCAUCCCGUUCCAUCAGGUCUCCUACGUCAAAGAGUACUGGAACGAAGUGUUUAGUGAUCUGUUGAGCGAAUACGAGAAGGGCCGGACCCCAAACCCCGACAUUCUGUGCAACAAGCACAUCAAGUUCAAGCAUUUUUGCAAACAUGCUCUCAACACUUUAGAUGCUGACGCCAUGGCAACGGGUCACUACGCCAGGACGUCCCAAGAGGACGAGGAAGUGUUCCGGCAGAAGAACGUAGCUCCACUCACCGGCCGCUUCAAGGACCGCUUCGAGGUCCGCAACCCGGUGAGGUUACACCAGGGUGCCGACCCCUUUAAAGACCAGACCUUCUUCCUCAGCCAGAUCUCCCAGGAGGCCCUGCGGCACACUAUGUUCCCGCUGGCCGGACUCACCAAGGACUUUGUGAAAAAGAUGGCGGCCCAGGCUGGGCUUCACCACGUGCUGACAAAGAAAGAGAGUAUGGGAAUCUGCUUCAUUGGCGAGAGGAAUUUUGAAGACUUUAUCCUGGAGUACCUGGAGCCCCAGCCAGGAGACCUGGUGUCUGUGGAGGACGGGGCCGUCAUGGGUCGCCACAGAGGCUGGUUUACCCUGACCCUGGGUCAGAGGGCCCGGAUAGGGGGGCUGAAGGACCCCUGGUUCGUCGUGGACAAGGACGUCACCACCGGAGAAGUUUUUGUGGGUCCGACAACCAACCACCCGGCCCUGUUUCGGGACACGCUGCAAACGGGCCGUUUCCAUUGGAUAACGGUAGACCCGCCUCCUGUGCUCGUCAAGACCCAGAUGAUGGACUGUCACUUCCGCUUCAUCCACCAGAUGCCUCUGACUCCCUGCACUGUCACUCUCAACAUGGACGGAUCGCUGUGGAUCACACUCUCCCAACCCAUCAGAGCAAUCACACCUGGACAGUUUGCGGUUCUCUACCGCGGUGGUGAGUGUCUGGGCAGCGGGAGGAUCCUGCGACUCGGCCCGAGCCAACACACCCUGCAGCUGGGCAGGGAGCGCAUGGCGGCGGCAGCCUCUCUGGUUGGACCCCGGCCCGGACCCCCGGAUCAGGCUAGCUGAGAGAGGCUAUGCUGGGAGCAGGCACAGCCGUGCCACGGCUAUGCUACGGCUACGCCACGGUUACCUGACACUGCGGUAGACAACCGGCGUCGUAUGACUCCAUCUGACUUCCUACUGUGUUCAGAGACAAUAUUCAACAGAAAUACACAAACGUAAAAGAAACAACUGUUUUUGUGUGUGUUUUUUUUAAAUUGUCCAAAAGGUUACAAAAUGUAUAUGAUGUAAAUAUAAAGUGGUCUCCUGAA